GUGUGUGGGAGCCCCGCGGCCACAGUGUGAGGAGCUUCAGCAUGAGGACAGAGCACUUCACCGGCUCCUUCAUCCUCUCCCUCAGCCUCUGUGUCCUCCACCUCGUCAAAGGGGAAUUGUGUGAGCCCAACCCAUGUGAGAAUGAUGGCAUCUGUAUGACGGGGUUGGCAGAUGAGCCUUUUUCAUGUGAGUGUCCCGAUGGCUUCACAGGUCCCAACUGUUCUAGUAUUGUGGAGGUUGCAGCGGAUGGAGAAGAGUUCACUUCAGCAGGACCUUGUCAACCCAACCCAUGUCACCAUGGCGGGAUGUGUGAAGUGAGUGACACCUACCGCGGUGACACAUUCAUUGGAUACAUCUGCAGAUGUCCCGAAGGAUUCAAUGGAAUUCAUUGUCAGCACAAUAUAAAUGAAUGUGAAUUUGAACCCUGUAAAAAUGGUGGAAUUUGCACUGACUUGGUUGCAAACUAUUCCUGCGAGUGUCCCGGAGAAUUCAUGGGCAGAAAUUGCCAGUCCAAAUGUUCAGGGCCACUUGGGAUAGAGGGAGGGAUUAUAUCGAACCAGCAGAUUUCAGCCUCGUCCACACACCGUGCUCUGUUUGGCUUGCAGAAAUGGUACCCAUACUAUGCAAGACUGAAUAAAAAAGGCCUCAUAAAUGCCUGGACUGCCGCAGAGAAUGACAGAUGGCCAUGGAUUCAGAUUAACCUGCAACGCACAAUGAGAAUCACAGGACUGAUAACUCAGGGUGCAAAGAGACUUGGGAGUCCAGAGUAUGUGAAAUCUUACAAGAUUGCUUACAGUAAAGAUGGCAAGAGCUGGAUGACUCACAAAAUAAAAGGCACCCAUGAUGACAAGAUUUUCCGUGGAAAUGUUGAUAACAAUACCCCACAUGCAAACUCCUUCAAUCCUCCAAUGGAAGCCCAGUACAUCCGUCUGUACCCCCAGGUGUGCAGGAGACACUGUACCUUGAGAAUGGAACUGCUUGGCUGUGAGAUGUCAGGCUGUUCAGAGCCUCUGGGGAUAAAAUCAGGACAUAUCCAGGAUUAUCAGAUUACUGCUUCCAGUAUCUUUAGGACCCUAAAUUUGGACAUGUUUACAUGGGAACCCAGCAAAGCUCGACUGGAUAAACAAGGAAAGAUUAAUGCCUGGACGUCAGGGCGCAGCGAUCAAUCACAGUGGCUACAGAUUGAUCUUCUUGUUCCAACUAAAGUGACCGGCAUCAUCACCCAGGGCGCAAAAGACUUUGGUCACAUUCAGUUUGUAGGAUCGUACAAGGUAGCUUACAGCACUGAUGGAAAAAGGUGGGCUAUUUAUAAAGAUGGGAAGCAAAAGAAAGAUAAGGUUUUCCAAGGUAACUUUGACAAUGAUACGCACAGGAAAAACUUAAUCGAUCCUCCUAUAUAUGCGCAGUAUAUUCGGAUCUUGCCUUGGUCAUGGUACGGGCGAAUUACUUUGCGGACGGAGUUGCUGGGAUGCACAGAAGAAUGAUGAACGUUGGCCAGUGUCAACAGAAUUACUAUUGGCCCUAGAAAUAUCUCAAAAACUGCACAAACCUGUAAGAUAUUAAAGGGUGUUGAUGAAGAAGUGUUCAGUUUGUGAUAGGCAGAGGGUGAAGUUAGGAGGUCUAGGCCAGCCCUUUAUCAGACAUUGAUAUUGUGUUUCUCUUCUUUAGAAAUUUAUUCUCCUGGGUUUUUUUGCACCUUGAUUUGUGUAUUUUGAAAUGAAUGAACAUAGUUGCACACUUUAUUUUGGUUCCGCCACCCCCACCUUCCAAGUUGAAUUAAUAUGAAUAGGAUUAAUAUCACUUAUUAUUGCAGGAGUAUCAUAUUUAAUUUAUUUUCAACUUUUAAGAAAAAAAGCUUUAUUUUUUUCUGGAUGACUUUGAAGACAGUCCAACAGUCCAGUGUUUAUUUCUGGUUGCCAUUAGAGUCAAGUGUACCAAAUGUUAUAAUGAUCGAGCACUGAUAGCGGUGUUUUCAGUCUACAUACUGUGCAUGUUUCACAGUAUUCGAAGAAAGGCUGAAAAUCCUUUCCAGGUGACAUUUUUACCACAUGCAUGAAAUUAUGCUAGCAAAACCUCCAACUUACAGACUUGGUUAUAAAUAUAUAUUGGAUAAGUGCUUAAAGUGCUCAUGGCAAAAACAGUUAAGACAUAUUAGAUUACAGUAUUGCAUCAAAAAGGUAAAUUAAUCUGUGAUCCCUAAACAGGACAAUAAAAUCUACAGGUUGGGAUAUUUGAACCUGAUUUUCCUUUUGAAUUCCACUCGAGGAUUCCAAAGUUUAACAUUAUGAGACAUCUUUGCAAUUCAAAACUGAAAUCACUGCUAUGACAUGUUUUCCAAAAAGAACAAACACUGCCCUG